UAACUAACUCAUUUUAGAGCUUGGAAGGCCUUCCCGACCGACCUUCGACCUAAAUGCAGCAGGUCUUAGCACGCUAAUGAUGAGAUGUGAUGGCCCUCGCAUGAUGAUCAUUCUAGUCCAUCAAACGAAAUUGAUCUUAUUGCCCCCUUGGUCAUUGGUCAUUACCGAUUACGUAUAGUUAACUAAGUUAAAGUUAGCUAUGGACUCUAACCAGCUUACCCCGCCACGUCUUAUCCUCGGCUCGACAACCACGAUCUGGGACGUCGAUAAAUUGCGCUAUCAAGCUCGCUCUCAUUAAUUGCACGCGGACUGAGUAGCUUCAGAUAACACUAGACUGAGCACAGAAAAUGAGGUGAGAAACAGAAAUUUGAAAGCUCAUCGCUACGGGAACUCAUUCACGCUCUGAUGGCGAACACAUCAAUUCUCAAAGUGCUAUUUUUCGAUGUCUUUGGAACGGUUGUAGAAUGGCGUAAUUGUGUCGCCAACUCUCUGAGGGAAGCUGCUGAGUGCGCAUUGCGAGACCCCAGGAAAACACUCUCGUCCGCUCUGCGUGCCCGCGCGACGGCCAUGUCCUCCAACGACUGGCAGGAUUUGGUGGAAGAAUGGAGGGCGUCCUACGGCCGAUUCACAAGAACCUUUGACCCGACCCAAGCUUUUAUCUCCGUUGAUGAACACCAUUUCCACUCCAUCCAGAAGCUGCUCCACGAGCAGAACUUAAAAGGACUGUUCACCGAGGAUGAACUAUGGGAGCUUGUUCUUACCUGGCACCGACUCGAGCCGUGGCCUGAUUCAGUCAACGGCCUUGAAUUACUCAACCGUCGUUUCCGGACCUGCACUUUGUCCAAUGGCAACGUCUCUCUCUUGAAGGACCUCCAACGCCAUGGAUCUCUGCCCUUCACGGAUAUUGUCAGUGCUCAACACUUUGGGGCAUAUAAGCCGUCGCCACAGGUGUACACUGGCGCAGCAAAGCGCUUUGGACUGGAUCCCCGCAAUUGUGCAAUGGUGGCUGCACACCUUUAUGAUCUGAAAGCCGCCAAAGCCCUAGGAUUUGCGACCAUUUAUGUGGAACGAAACGAGGAGAGUCUCACUCCUCAAGAGAUUGCUCAAGCCAAAGAGCAGUAUGUGGACGAGUGGGUUGAUGGUGCCACGGAUGGAUUGAUCGAGGUCGCCCGGCGCCUAGGCAUUCCUGAAGAACCCUGACAUAGCGA